AUGGAUUCCAAUAUUUCAGGGUCCUUUCUAUUCAACAACAGCUUGAACCAGUUCCCCUCAGACAUCAAGGCCCCCAUGUGCCAGUACUCCAUACCCAACUCCUUCUACAAGCUCAGCCCCGCCAACAUCAACGCUCAACUGCAGGCUGGCACACCGCACGGCAUCAGCGACAUCCUGAGUCGAACUAUGGUCGGUGGCCCGGGAGCCCCUGCAUUGUUAUCAUACCCCAGCAUGAGCGGCUAUGGGGCAUCUGUGCCUAGUCCAGGGAUGUAUUAUAACCGGGAUUAUGGCCCUUCAGGACUGGGCAGUUUCCCUAAAACAAGUGUAGAAUGUCCAAGUAUAAAAAGUAAAGGCGGCAGCUGUUGGGUGGAAGGAGGGUACGAGUGGAGAGGAGCAAGACAGCAGUGUGGCAACAACUUGCAUAACACAGAAGCUUCAGGGAAAAAGAAGCACACAAGACCCACCUUCAGUGGGCACCAGAUCUUCGCCUUGGAGAAAACGUUCGAGCAGACCAAGUACCUGGCGGGACCAGAGAGGGCAAGACUGGCAUACUCACUAGGGAUGACCGAGUCGCAAGUCAAAGUGUGGUUCCAGAACAGGCGCACGAAGUGGCGCAAGAAGAGCGCGUCAGAGCCCAGCUCCACGCAGACCUCGCGGGGCGAGAGCGCGGGAGACGUGUCGGAAAACGAGGUGGAGGACGAAGAAUACAACAGACCGCUGGACCCCGACACGGACGACGAGAAGAUCCGCCAGCUGCUGCGCAAACACCGCAGAGCUUUUUCAGUGCUGCGACUGGGACCCCAUCAAGUCUGACGAUCCUGUAAAACUCACCAAAUAACCACCACUCAUGAAAAAACUCUCAAUUUACGAAAGAAAAACGGAAUAUUCAGACAACGAAUGCGCACAGAAAGUUCUCUGUAUCACUUUCUAUUGAGAUUUAUACAAUAUAAUCCUAGAUUUAUUUUAAAGGUUUUACCACAAAUAAAUGAAUAUAAUGUAG